UCAAAAAGAAAACUCCAUCCUAGAUCGGUGCCUCUCUCUUCGUCUCCUCCACACGACCGACACACCCUGCCACCCCCAACUUUUCUCACACUUCCCGGGCCAUGAAGCCCUGAGAUGCUGAGUCGUCCUUCACGAUUCCUCCUUUUGUCCUUUUCAAAACCCGUCAUUUCGACUAAGCAGCUGUUCUGUUCGAUCUUCCCCUCAAGCUGUCGUACUUUGCCAGCCUCAACUGCCCCGCCCGCCGACUCGCCCACCUUUAUAACUACACGAGCCUUCUCUGACAAAUCCACACCACCUCCCUCGGCUUGCCGCCUGUCCUCGUCCUCUUCCUCCUCGCACUCGUACCGACCAUUGAGAAAGAAGACAACUGCCUUACUACAAAGGAGGUCAACUGUUUUACAAGUCAUAACCGGAGACGGAGACAAAAUGGACGAAUACCGCUUCCCAGAUUCCCGCCUCAAGAAGAAGAUGGAUGAUCCAUCCAAGACACCACUUCUGCUGGUUGCGUGCGGUUCUUUUUCCCCAAUCACAUUCUUACAUCUACGCAUGUUUGUUAUGGCAGCAGAUUACGUUAAACACAAUACCGAGUUUGAAAUGAUCGGAGGUUACUUGUCACCUGUGUCGGAUGCCUACAAGAAACAGGGCUUAGCUGCAGCCGAGCAUAGAGUUGCCAUGUGCCAGCUUGCUAUUGACAAGGCCUCUACUUGGCUUAUGGUCGAUACCUGGGAAGCGGAGAAGAAGGAAUACCAACCCACCGCGAAGGUUUUGGACCACUUCGAUUACGAAAUAAACACCGUUCGGAAGGGAAUAGAUGCUGGAGACGGAACGCGAAAGCCCGUGCGAAUAGCCCUGCUUGCUGGGGCCGAUUUAAUUCAGACCAUGUCCACUCCCGGAAUCUGGAGUGAGAAAGAUUUGGACCAUAUACUAGGACGCUACGGCACAUUCAUCAUUGAACGAUCUGGAACAGAUAUCGACGAGGCUCUGGCUAGUCUGGGGAACUAUCGCGACAACAUCCAUGUUAUCCAGCAAUUGAUCCAAAAUGACGUCAGCAGCACAAAGAUACGAUUGUUCUUGAAGCGAGGAAUGAGUGUACAAUACCUGAUCCCAGCCCCCGUUGUGGAAUAUAUUGAGCAGAACCACCUAUACGCUGAUGAUCAUCGGGGAUCAAAUACUUCCCUGGCCUAUCCACAGGAAAGCGACAAGGGAAAGAACAAAGAAGUGACUGCGUCAGCCAGCUGAACACCUUUUUAAAGCGGGAAUUUCGAAGUAAUUAAAAGAAAAUGUCCGUAUGACUCAGUGACGACGCCUGGUAUCAAGGCCCAGCUUGGUGUUGUCUCGAGCAAAAAGCGUGGGCCAUGACCAACCACCAAGCAUAAGAGUCUAUAUGUUUACCACCAGACGAGAGAUGAUGGGCUGUGUCCGAUCAGAAAUGAACUCCAAGUCACGGAAGAUCCCUGACCUGACGCGGAGAUGGAGUCGAGUCGAGCGUAGCGUUGUGAGCGUAUGGAGUCUGUGGAGUUGGGAUUGACGCCGUGUCUGAAUGGAAGCGGUGAUCGUAUUUGUCUAAGCAGGCGUCGAGGUCUCUAGAUAUGAAGCUAGAAGGCUUGCAAGAACCAUUGAUGAACUGCCUCACAGAGCCGAGACCCGUGUGAUUCGUCAGUCAUCAUCGUCUGGUACAUGAGGGAAACCAGGAAUUGGCCGCCGAGAAUAGAUCAAGACGGUAAUAUAGGUUUCCACGCCAGGAAAUGUUUGAUAUAAAGCUCAUAUUCUCGAACCCAG